AGUGCGGGGCGCCGGCGGGCGACCGGAGGGAAGCCCCAGCCGAGCCGGGGACCGUCCGAGCGAAACGGAGCCGUCUGAGCAUUUGGACGGUGUCGUCGACUCGUCUAAGAUGUCCCUGGUGGAUUUGGGGAAGAGGCUGUUGGAGGCAGCUCGAAAAGGGCAGGACGAUGAGGUGCGAACACUAAUGGCAAAUGGCGCUCCCUUCACCACAGAUUGGCUGGGCACAUCUCCUCUUCAUCUUGCAGCACAGUAUGGUCAUUACUCAACAGCAGAAGUCCUCCUCCGGGCUGGAGUUAGUCGGGAUGCCCGAACCAAAGUUGACAGGACGCCACUACACAUGGCAGCAGCUGAGGGCCAUGCAAACAUUGUGGAACUCUUGAUCAGGAACAAUGCAGAUAUAAAUGCUAAAGACAUGCUGAAGAUGACUGCUCUGCAUUGGGCAGUGGAGCAUGACCAUCGUGAGGUCGUGGAGAUUUUGUUAAAAUAUGGAGCAGACGUUCAUGCUUUGAGCAAAUUUGACAAAAAUGCAUUUGACAUCGCCCUUGACAAGCACAACCCUGAAUUGGUGGGAAUAUUGCAGGAAGCUAUGCAGAAUCAAGUGAAUACGAAUCCAGAGAGGACAAAUUCGGUCACUGUCGCCACGCCACAGUUCAUCAUUGCGCCAGCAGGAGUAAUGAACCUCACGGGACUGGUUUCUUCAACGUCUACCAAAACAACCUCAGGUGAAUCUGGUGUAUCCACAGUGCAGUAUGGUAACUCCACAACCUCAGUACUGGCUACGUUGGCUGCUUUAGCUGAAGCUUCAGGGCCACUCUCAAAUUCACCCAGAAGUGCAGCUGCAACAGAGGAAGUGGUAACCGCAGACUCAGUUGACUCAGCAAUUCAGCAGGUCGUGGGGAGCGGAGGUCAGAGGGUUAUCACCAUUGUGACGGAUGGUGGGGUGCAGCUGGGUAACCUUCCAGCGGGCAUUAACACUGGCCAGCCAUUUAUUGUGACCAUGCAGGAUGGGCAACAAGUUUUGACAGUCCCGACCACCCAUGUGGAGGAGGAGACCAUCAUCACGGAAGAAAUGCCAGCAAAGAAACAGUGUCUGGAAGAAGUCCUUAAUCACUCUGAAUCAAUAGAGAAGGACACGAAUGAUUGCUUGGAGAGAGAACUACUUCAAAAGCAGCUCCAUGAAGCAAACCGAAAAGCUCAGGAGUACCGGCAACAGCUGAUGAAGAAGGAACAAGAAGCAGAGGAGUACCGCAUGAGACUGGAGGCGAUUGCAAGGCUCCACACCACGGCUGAGGAGAUCACUGUUGUAGAGGAGGUCACAGAUGAUGGCACUGGUACGGUGAUCACCAUGGCAGCAGAGCUGGAAGGUCCUGAGACCACAGUGGAAACAAUGGAGCAGCCUACCGACAUGGCGACAGAGACAGUGACUUCAUAAAAUCUCCCCCUCAGUGUCCCCUCCCCAUAACACCAACCUGCAAAACUUUCUCCCUGAUGCAUUUUGUUUAUCAAAUUCAGUGCGCCUGUGCUCGUGCACACAAACCAAGAACAGCUUGGGGACAAGCUGUUGGUCACUGCCACACCAGACACGCAGACAGUCACUAUCUGAUUGCAGAAGAACUCCUCUUGGAACUCAACACCAGGAAACCUCUGAACACUAGCAGGUACAGUUUUUCCUCGGAUCUUCAGAAAUUGGGGAGCAAGGGGAGAAUGUUGUGUGUUGCUAAGUCUGUUGUUAGAAUCCAGGUUCUCCAAUUCGCAGGAGAAUAUCCAGGAGCUUGAACUCAGUUGGGGUUAUGGUUUUGACUGCAGGGGUUUGGUGGGAAGUGAAAAGAGGGAAGGAUGAAAAUUAAACCGCUUCGAUGUCAACAUUAUUUUGUUUCUGCUACAAAAGCAUUGGAAAGCAAGGCUGACGAAAUGGCACUGGUCCUGCAACUAAUAUAUCCAUGCACCAUGUUCUCUCGGUGUCCACCUUCUCUGGGCCAUUGAUGUUACGUCUACAUUUUAACGAUUUCAACAAAAAUGUAUAAGAGUCUUUGCCUUGAAAAUGGAGAAAGAAACAAACAGCACAAAAUCUUCCUGUGGGUAAUUGUAAAUUAUUUUAAACUAAGAAUUUCCCACGCUGCAAUUUGCAAUCAGUUAUUCAUCUGGUGGGGGCAAAAAAAGUCCAUUAUUAGAGACUUUUAAAAAUGGCUUUGGUAAUAUAGUUUGGUAUUUUUAUGUACCAAUUCCUUUAUCCGUAUUCCUGCAGAGGUGUCUUUCUGACAGGUGUAAUUUCUCCCUCUGAACUUUUGCCAGUAGGUAGAUGGGGAGUUUGCUACUGACCUUCAGAGUCUGUGAAGAUCUGCAUUCAUUUAGCACCUUCUCACAUUGCUCAGAAAUGCCUCAAAGCAUUUCACCUGCAGUGAAGUACAGUAACUUGUUAUGGAGGCAAUGUUUCACAGUAAAGGUGCUGACUGCUACUUGAUACUCCCUGUGAGAACAGUAUCCUUAGCUGUCAGCACCUGGAGUUUUCAACCAUUUCAGAGAUUUCAUUUCAGAAGAGACAGAGACAAAGUCUAGAAUUGAAAUGUCACCUCUCUCCAUAGCCCCCAUUCUAAAUUUAAUGCUCUAUUUAUUUUGAAGCUUCAGAAGGUUCUGAUUCUGGCAGUGGAGGGUUCCAUCCACAAGGAGAGUGAAUAAUUGGCAUGGGAGUUGGCAUCUUCCAAAAGGUUUUCUCUUCCUGCUUAUAACAUCCUUUGUUUUACCUCCCAUAUCCAAGAUUUUGUAUGAUUAAUGAGCAAUGAUGCUCAAAGGUAGUGAAAUACAUGCAUCAUUUUUAUUUUGAAUCCAUGUGAUUCUUCUUCUUGCUGUUGCUGCAGCGGCGUCCAGGAAAAUAAUCCUUACUUUUUUCCCCCUGAUCACUCUGGAACAGUCCAAAGGGCUGGUGAACCCUCACUGAGAAAACAGCUGAUUUAUCUGCCUUGAGCAUUUUGUCUUCCUUGAUCCCAAUCCAAACGAGACCUGUUGUAUCUGUACUUGAUCCAUGGGCAACUACUGCCACCACAUUACCAUGGAGUCCAAGGACCCAAAACUCCAGGUUUAAAGACCUGAGGUUUAGAUCGGUUUUGUUAGUAUUCCUUUGUACUUUUAUAUAAAUCAAGUUGUUUUAUUGCUGAAGUAAGUCCCCUGUGUGGACAGACAUUGGAAUUUAUAAGUAACCUUCCCCUUUACUCUUCUGGAGCAUAGACUUGAAGUUACCUGAUAAUUUGAAGGUAAUUACCAAGUCUGGUAUUGGUCUUGGAUCCAGUUAGAUGCCUGAAAGUUCGGGGACAGGAUCCAGCUUUUCUGUGCCAGUUCUGCUAAGUGGAAGUGCCUGCCAAAGAUUCAUAGCCUGGGCCCUGCACAGAUGUGGCCUUUUUGAUCAUGAGGCAAUUCGACAUGAGUGAUGCCCACAGGGCAAUUCCCGUUGCAUAAAUGAAUGGCAGUGGGAGCAAUAGCAGGGGAAAUCUCUGCUGGCCACUCUGCUCCCCAGUGUCUGCUUCAGCUGAAGCUGGCCUGAAGUGAAAUCUGAAGAGCAUCAAGCAACUUGAAAUUAUUGAAUGACACAACUUGGUGAAGAAAAGAUAGUAAUUUAUACAGCGUUUAAUCAUGUCUGAGACAUGGCCGAAAGCACUUCUAUACAAUACUUUGCCUACAUAACAACUGCACUUCAAACAUCUUUGCUUUGUUGUCCUCUCAUUUAAAUUACAGAAGGUGGUUACAUUUUUAAUAGAUUUAUUUUCUAAUGAACCUUCCUGUGGACAGGUUUGCUUUUCUCAUUUACAGCUGCAUUGUGCAUUAGCUGUACAGCCAGGGUCUCUCAUAAUUUCUUUGACCCAAUUUUAUAUUUAAAGAAGAAAUUUGUAUUUUUUAAAUCAUUUUUACUGUUGUCUAGGGUUGUGCCUCAUAGUUAUUUUACAACUGAAUAUUCAGUUUACACAAUUGGUUAUAUUAAAGCACCGUUUAAAAAGGUGUCUUCUCUUUGGAUAUGUAUUUAGGGUCGUCUUGUGAUUUAAUUUUCAGCUGAGAUCUGGGAAUCUGGUCACGUGGAAGUUGUAAUGUCCCAUUGAAGAGCACAGUGGGUCAUUUCAAAACGGCCAUCAGGGUUUUCACUAUGUCUGUCUGGCCCAUCAGUAAACUCAAAUGGCUGCAGUGUUGUUCAGAAUGGCUUUAAGGUUGCUUAAAAUGGCUGUCUAUGCAAGUCACUGGUCAAAGUAAAAAAUGCCAGCACAAUUGCUUUAUCCGGUCCAUUGCUGCUGCUUCAGUGUUGAUCCAGUAUUUGAACUUACAGACAGGCAUCUCCACUUGAAGGUGUCACCCAGUUCCCCAAAAACCAGGUGUGAAGCUAGCCCUAACUCUGUAUGUACUUUUUUUAUCCUCUUUACUUUGCACCAAAUGUUGGAUUUUUCUACUCAGAUUUUUGAGCAGCUGGCCUUUGGCAAAAUCAGGCUGUGUCUGUCUGUCUGAGUUGUGGUAGUCUAAUUUCCCCACUCGUCCAAUUCAAGCAGCCUCCUUUUUCAUUGCCCGACUAAAAUGAAACCUAAACUGUCUGGCUCAAUGUCACAUGGACCACUGCACCUCGCACUUCUCCCUCUCUUGCUCAUUGGGACUGUGAUACUUGCAGUAAAGUGGGGUUCCUACUUGCUCACUUGUAUAAUUAUGCAUUCCAUUUUUUGGCUAUUAGUGCUUACUAAUCAAUGAUGUAACAUAAAUUGUUUAAACAUUUUCUGUUACUCUUUUUUUUAAAAUGUGUUGUCUCUGGAAAAUGCAGCAAUUUUUCUUUUUGCCUUGUUCCUCCCUCGCUUCCCCAGCAAAUUGGUCUUAAAAUUUCUUCACACCCUUCAGUGAAACCAAAACAAAGACCAGUUUAAAUAUUAAUGAGCUUGGACACCGGGCAUGGAGUUGAUCUGUAUAAAGUUGUGAAUAAUGGAUCAGUGCAAUGGGUUUCGAUCUCGCUCUGGACAGCCUGCUGGGAAAAGGGAGAUGAAUCCAUGUUCUGUGACUGCUUUGUGGCUUCAGAGAAUUUAAGCUAUUACUGCCACAUUGUGUGACAUGGAAAUACAGAGGAGUUUGGUGAGUGGGAUGAGUUGGAGACUUAUUGAAAAGUUAUUCUGAAGUAGUGGCAGAGGCACAGACAGAUUUCUGAUCAACUACAGAGGCAGACAGAAAAGUGAGGUUCAGGAGAUGAUCGGUCAGUCUUGAUCUUGAAUGGAGGGGCUGAAUAGCUUGUUCCUAUUUCUUAUGUAGAUAAAAUGUUGAAGGAAUUUCUCCAACCCAUUUGUUUCCAGCUGUGUACUGGCUGGGAGCUAGCUUUGUGUGUAUUGGUCCUGAUAAAGCUAGUAUCUCACAACUGUGAGAAGAGAGAGAGGUAGGCUUGUAGCUGUCGCCUUUUCUCUUCCCCUCGCACUCCAACUUUAGGAGCCAGCUGAGAUAGCAAUGGGGUAGCAGUGUGGAAUUCUAGAACACUGCACAGACUAUUCAAGAGCAGAGUUGAUGGUUAUGAACAUGUGGCCAGUGUUGCUAUUUGGACACUACAGUUAGCUUUGGGAGGAUACCAGUCAGCUCCUUGAGCCUGUUCCACAGUUUAGUUUGUAUGGUCUUAAUCAGGUUUGGGUGCGAUGGUCUUGCAGCCAAUGAUCUAUAACCCCUCCAUCAAAACCAGAAACAAAGAAACUAGGAGCAGGAGUAGGCCAUUUAGCCCUUCAAGCCCGCUCCAUCAUUCAGUAUAUUCGUGGCUGAUCAUCCAACUCAGUAGCCUGUUCGUGCUUCUCCCCCCACAUCCUUUGAUUCCUUUAGUGCCAAGUGCUUCGUCCUCCUUGAAAUCAUACUAUGUUUUGGCCUUAACUGUUUUCUGUCAUAGUGAAUUCUGCAAGCUCGCUUCUCUGGGUGAAUUAAAAACCUCCUCAAAUCCAUCCUAAAAGCUUUACCUUGAAUGCUUAAACUGUGACCCCUGGUUCUGGACUGACUGACUAUUGGAAAUAUCUAUCCUGCAUCUACCCUGUCUAGUCCUGUUAGAAUUUUAUAGGGUUCUAUGAGAUCCCCACCUUAUUCUUCUGAACUCCAGUAAAUGUAAUCCUAAGUGGUUCAAUUUCUCCUUAUGCAUCAGUCCUGCCAUCCUCCGAGUUAGUCUGCUGAAUUUUUGCUGCACUCUCUAUAUAGCAAAAUCAUCCUUUCUCAGAUGUGGAGAUCAAAACUGCACACAGUGCUCCAGCUAUGGUCUCACCAAGGCUCCUUACAAUUGCAGCAAGACAUCCUUGCAGCGGUAUUCGAAUCCUCUUGCGACGAAGGCCAAUGUACCAUUUGCAUGCUUCACCUGCAUACGACUGGUAUACUUCAUCGCAAAUUUCCCUCUCUCAAUGUAUUGCCAUUCAGAUUGUCUGCCUUCCUGUUUUCUGCUGCCAAAGUGGGAAACCACACAUUUAUUCACAUUAUAUUGUAUCUGUCUGCUCCCUCAGCUUGACAUAAUUUGGCGCAAAAGCAGUAAAGCAGGUGCAUUCCACUAAAUUUAUUCCCUAUAGAAUGCCAUUGUCAUCUUCAGUUUGUUCACUGGCCCAGUAUCAGGUUGGGAGGUGCAACAUCCUCUGAGGAAGGGAAGAGCUAAGGGUCAAGGUAGGGUUGUGUUAAAACGCAUGCUAGGGAGUGGCCACUAAAGGGUUUGAAGAAAUUGAAGAUGCCUGAGAGACAAUACUGUAGGAGAGCAGAAUGGGAGCAGUUUACCUAACUGGCAAUCUCUAACAAUCUAACUGCAAUCAUGUUUGACUCGGAAAUUUUGUUUUUAAUUGCAGUAGCAGGAUUGUGUUGGGUCGAGGAAGAGGGCUAUGGGGGUGGACCUGCUGUAUGAGGAGCUUCAACGUUGAACAAAAUGUUGCCACCUGGUUCUGUUUUCCUUUUUAGUUGAAUAGAUUGGCUCACAGUGGGGUGUCCCAAUUUGGGCAGCAGGGAGCUUUGAGGAGUUUGUGCAAGAGGAAUGGACCAGUUUCGAAACGUCAUCUCUGCCCCUUGCAGGGUUGUAUAUUGUUUAUAAAUCCAUCCUCUCCCCAUCCUCCUGCUACAUAAUUUACCUUUUUAAGUAAAACAAAGAACUGCGAAUGUUGAAGAUCUGAAAUUUCUGGAGAAGCUCAGUAGGUCUGGCAGCAUCUGUGGAGAGAGAAAGCAAACUGAACGUUUGGAGUCCAGUGACCAAUUCCGAAGCAGAGCCAAUAGACCUGAAAUAUUCACUGGACUCCACACGUUCGCUCUGCUUUUUCUGUCCACAGAUGCUGCUGGGCUGACUGAAUUUCUCCAGCAAUUUUUCUGUUACCUUUUCUCAUUUCUCUCAAAGAUUGAAUACUUUCUAAUCAUCUGUGUUGAGCAAAAAUGACUGCUGUUUUAUUUUUAGGAUUCAAGUGACAGAUCACUGAGUUGCAAUGUCCUAAUCCCAGGAAUAAAGCGUUCUUUCAGGUCCCCACUAUUUUUUUCUCAUAUUAACCCCUCGCCACACACUGUCCCAGCAGUCAGUGUUAGCAUCUCAAGUGACAGAUUUACCCUGUGAUGGUGUGUCUAGAUGAAUUGUCUGGCAUCAUUGGUCCUGCAUACUCAACACUGUAGUCCCAGAAAAGUAUGUGUGUAUUUUGUUUCUCUUAAUUACUGUUACUAUUAUCACCCCAAACUUUCAACCUGGCUUUGUUUAUGAAUUGGACAAUUUGCAUUUAGUGUUGACGAACUUUUGUUCCAACAAAAAGAUCAUUGGUGACCUGUUUGGGAAAUGAAUCCUCAUUGCCCUCAGUUAUGGGGAAGCCUCAAGUUGUACCUGGUGCGCCUUUAGUACAAUGUACUGUAAUUAUCUUGUGUACAGGAUUCCUUUAGAACUAGCCAUGUUCUUUUUAGAACCUGUACAAAGUGAUACAGAUUGUUAAAUAAAUCUUGUAUAUACAUUUUUGUACCAUUAUUAAGGGCAGACCUUUGCUAAUAAAAUGCAGAAAAUGAA